AUGUCUUGCCUUUUUCAUUAUGCAGAUUGUAAACAUUUAUGCCCGUUUAAUUGCCUGCAUCGACAAAUUAUUCAUUUGAUGGAAAUUAAGUCGUUAACUGUCGACGUUUUGCUCGUUUUAAAACAUUGCGACAUUGGACUUAUUUUACUAUUCAUUCUCUUCCUUUUUUUUCUUUUCAUUCUUUCUUUUUCUUUCUUUCUCCAUUUUUCUUUUUCUUUCUUUAUUCUUUCGUUUCUUCUUACUAGUCUUCCUUUUUUUUUUUCAUUCUUUCUUUUUUUUUUCUUUCUUUCUCCAAAAAUUUUCUUUCUUUUAUUCUUUCGUUUCUUCUUACUUGUCUUCCUUUUUUUUUUUUUCAUUCUUUUUUUUUCUUUUCUUUUUCCAUUUUUCUUUUUUUUCUUUUUCUUUCGUUUCUUCUUACUUGUCUUCCUUUUUUUUCUUUUCAUUCUUUCUUUUCUUUCUUUUCCAUUUUCUUUUUCUUUCUUUAUUCUUUCGUUUCUUCUUACUUGUCUUUUUUUUUUUCUUUUUCAUUCAAUUUUUUCUUUUUUUCUCCAUUUUCUUUUCUUUCUUUAUUCUUUCGUUUCUUCUUACUUGUCUUCCUUUUUUUCUUUUCAUUCUUUCUUUUUCUUUCUUUCUCCAUUUUUCUUUUUCUUUCUUUAUUCUUUCGUUUCUUCUUACUUGUCUUCUUUUUUUUCUUUUCAUUCUUUCUUUUUCUUUCUUUCUCAAUUUUUCUUUUUCUUUCUUUAUUCUUUCGUUUCUUCUUACUUGUCUUCCUUUUUUUUCUUUUCAUUCUUUCUUUUUCUUUCUUUCUCCAUUUUUCUUUUUCUUUCUUUAUUCUUUCGUUUCUUCUUACUUGUCUUCCUUUUUUUUUCUUUUCAUUCUUUCUUUUUCUUUCUUUUUCUUUCUUUCUCCAUUUUUCUUUUUCUUUCUUUAUUCUUUCGUUUCUUCUUACUUGUCUUCCUUUUUUUCUUUUCAUUCUUUCUUUUUCUUUCUUUCUCCAUUUUUCUUUUUCUUUAUUUAUUCUUUCUCCUUGCUUUCUUUUUCUUUUUUUCUCUCUUCCUUUCUCUUUUCUUUUCUUUCCUUAUUCUUUUCUUCUUUCUUACUUUUCUUUUCUCUUUCUUAUCGUUUCAUUUUCUCUUUUGUCACUUCUUUUCUUUUUAUUUUUCUUUGAUUCUUUUUCUUUCCUUUUAUCUUUCUUUCUUUUCUUCUUUCUUUCUUUCUUUUUUCUUCUUACUUCCUUCUUUUCUUUUUCUUCUUUUUUCUUUUACUGUUUCUUUAGCUUUCUUUCAUUUUUUAUCUUUUUUAUUUUUCAUUCAUUCAUUCUUUCUUUCUUUCUUUCUUUCUUUCUUUCUUGUUGCUCUUUUUUUCAUUUUUUUUACCUUUCUUUCUUUUUAUUUUUCAUUCAUUAAUCUAUUCUUUCUUUCUUUCUUUCUUUCUUCUGUUGUUGCUGUUUAG